CGUGUUGUUUUGACAGCGCGUGUCUAGAAUGUCAAUGAUAACGCGUUGUUUCGACUGCUCGUGUUGUUAAUAAUUCAUAGAUGAAUCAGAUACGUUGCAGGAAGUAUACACACGGCAUCGAACUAUUGCUAUAAAAAGCAUACCUUUGCAUGUUUCCUUCUGUUUCGACAUGAAGUGCUUCAUAUUUUCAGUUUUAUUGAUCACAGUGGUCCUCCUUGUAACAGUACAAGGUCAAGGUGGUAGUCCUGGUUCUCCUGGAGCAGCAGGUAGACAUGGCUCUCCUGGACAACCAGGUAGUCCUGGUUCUCCUGGAGCACGAGGGGGUCCAGGUUGCCCUGGUGGUCCAGGAGGCCCCGGUGGUCCAGGAGGCGAUGGUGGUGUAGGAGCCCCUGGUGCUGGAGGAGGCCAGGGAGGCAAUGGUGUUCCCGCAGGUAGCCCUGGUGGUCCAGGAGGCGCCGGUGGUCUAGGAGGCGAUGGUGGUGAAGGAGCCCCUGGUGGUCCAGGAGGCAAUGGUGGUAAAGGAGCCCCUGGUGGUGGAGGAGGAUAAGGAGGCCCUGGAGGCAAUGGUGCUCCUGAAUCACGAGAGGGUCCAGGUUACCCUGGAGGUCAAGGAGGCGCCGGUGGUGACGGAGGCGAUGCUGUUGUAGGAGCCCCUGGUGGUCCUGGAGGCAAUGGUGGUGAAGGAGCCCGUGGUGGUCCAUGAUACCAUGG